GCCACAGGCGGCUAACGAUGGGAGCACUUGUUUGUGUUCAGGUGCGGCUGCACGUUCACGUUGGCCUACACGGUUGACACAAUGAUGCUUUAAUGUCGGACAGACUGCUAAGCUACUGUCGCUUUAAGACACCUAAUGACAAAUAAGGAAAAGCCCAUGGAGGAAGCAGGAAGUUCGUUUACCAAGAAGGAGAGCACAUAAACAAUACACAAAGCAAAAGUUUGACACGUUCAUCGCUAUGGCUGGCAUUAAAGCACUGGUUGGGUUGUCCUUCAGUGGUGCCAUUGGACUAACAUUUCUUCUUCUGGGCUGUGCAUUGGCAAAUGAACAGUACGGGUUAUACUGGCCGCUUUUUGUCCUGAUUUUCUACGUAUUAAGCCCCAUCCCAAUCUUCAUAUCCAGACGCCUCAGUGAUGACACUGACUCCUCCAGCAAUGCAUGCAGAGAGCUGGCCUACUUCUUAACAACUGGCAUUGUGGUAUCAUCUUUUGGGGUUCCCAUUUUGCUUGCCCGCACUACGACAAUCCGGUGGGGUGCUUGCGGUCUGGUGAUGACAGGAAACGCUGUCAUCUUUCUCACUAUCCUUGGCUUCUUUUUUGUGUUUGGAGGUGGGGACGACUUCAGCUGGGAGCAGUGGUAGAGUGCCGUCAGACAGUGGAUAGACAGAAGGAUGGAUGGAACGGUGGGUGGGUAGAUGGAGAGUUGAAUGGAUAGACAGCAGACUAAGGCACACUUGUGUCCCGCACCGAGGGGUGAUGCUCAUGUACAGUGUACGCUGCAAAAUGUCAAAAUGAUGGGGUGUACAGGUCAAUUUUUAUAUUUGAGAGCAUCUGGUUUGGAGACAACACUACGUGCCCUAUUAAUGUGCCUUAUGUCUGGGACUAGAAAGACACUGAUGCCUAUCCAGCUGAACCCAUGUAAUUUUGCUUGUCUUGCUUUUUUUUUCAAACCCCCAAAUCACCCUGCUUAUUGCUGCUGCCUGCAAUUUCAUUAUUUUUCAUAUAAUCAUUAUAAAGGAAUUCUGAAGAGAAACUCUAUUGUAAUGUACACUGCAAUGCUCACUGCAUUAUCUGUCCUCAUUGUUCAAGGGGGAGUAGCUAUACUUUAUUAUGGCUUGCUUAUUAUGAGCACUGUUUGCUGUUUAAAGUGUGACGCAGGGCAACUUGUCUUAAUCCAUGCUAUAUGACAACUAGUUGAAGGAUUCCUCAUCAGGUAAAGAUAUAUUUGCAUGGAGAUGAUGUGUUUUUUUGUUUUCAUUUUGCUACAAGACUUUAAA